AUGCCGAAGGCCGGAUUACCAUCUUUACGGACGGAUCGUGUUUUCGCAACGGGUCAGUUUACUACUAUCUCCGAACCAGCAACGGGUUUAGGAAUUUAUUUCGGACCAAAUCAUCCCCAAAAUUUAUCACUUCCAUGCUUUGAAAGAAACACAAACAACGGCGCUGAGUUAGAGGCUAUCCUUCAAGCUUUAAAAAUUAUCAGAAAUUUCAAUUUAACAAAAAUAGACAUUUUCACGGAUUCAGAAUAUUUAUGCAAUAGCCUCACCAUCUGGUAUGAGAACUGGAAAAAACGGGAUUGGGUCACCUCAACGGGAAAGCCCGUUUCAUAUAAACGGGAGCUCAAUUAUAUCAAAUCUCAAAUGGAGACCCGGGAUAUUAAAAUCCACCAUGUUCCCGGCCACAAUGGAAUCCAUGGCAAUGAACAAGCUGACCAACUAGCCAGAAAUGGAGCUAAGCUAUUUGAACUAUCUAAAUCAAAAUCAAAAACGGAGUUCAACAUUCAUUCAUCAACUGCAAGCUCAAAGAAAUAG